UAACACAAAAAGACAAAAACAACACACUUCAAAUCACUACUAUAUUCAUCCAUUUUCUUACAUAAAUAUCAGAAAUCACAAUUGACAUUCUGGGCAAGCAGAAACAAGAAGAAGAAAGAGAUGGAAGGACAGGAUCAAGAAAGCAGAUCUAAAGUCAUUCAAGUCGACUCCAAAGAGACCUGGGAUUCCUAUUUGUCUCAGGCUGCUACACAAGGCUCCCCUAUUGUGGCGCACUUUACAGCUGCAUGGUGCAUGGUCUCAGUGCUGAUGAACACAUAUCUUGAAGAAUAUGCUGCAACUUACCCAGAUAUAUUGUUCCUUAGAGUCGAUGUGGAUGAUGUCAAGGUGGUAGCAAAGAAGUACGAGAUAAAGGCGAUGCCGACUUUUUUGAUGAUAAAAGGAGGAGGUGAAGCGGUAGAAAAGAAGAUGGUGGGUGCGAAUCCGGAGGAGAUCAAGAAAGGGAUAGAAGCUCUUCUUUAGUCUACCACCACUCACCGUGACUUAGUGCAUUCAGAUUUCACCGUAUAUUUUACUGCUUUGUGUGUUUGUUUCAUUGUUUCGCUAUGUAUGUCGGUGUGUUUUAGUGAAUGCACACGUAUGGAUGGAUACAAUCAUACACAGAACGCAGUUUGAUAGUGUUACAUAUUUUAUUUUUCAUAAA